CCCCUGCCCCCUCGGCCGGAGGCUGCCAGGCCGCGUCCUCUCAGCCCAAUGCAUGUGUACCUUCAUGUCCUGCCCUGCUGCAUCACGUUCUGGUAGAUUGCCUCUUCUAAAGCAUUUCCAGCUUUACCAAAAAUACUGAAUUUCACUUGAAGGAGCUAAAAGGACACUUUAAUGCUUUCUAUAAAUUAAGAAAACCUGGAGACGCUGAACGUACAGACAGCAGAAGUGUGGCUAAACAGAAUUUAAGCAUUGGGUUGGAAGACAUCCCAGGACUGUAACUGGUGAAAAGCUUUUAAUUCAUCUCAACCCUUUCCUUAAUUUUAAUUUUGGAUCACAAUGAGCACAGCUCCCAGGAAACGCAGGAUGAUACCUUCCCAGCAGGCGAGAAGGGUGCGGCGACGGCACAGAUCUGCAGAAGUGGAGGAGCCACAAGCAGACAUGGUUGAAAGUGUCCCGGCAGGUGGCGAGGUGGUUGACCUGACCUGUGAAUCCACUGAACCUGUGGUUGUUGACCUCACCAACAAUGACUCUGUGGAGAUUGUGGAUGAAGAUCUCUCCUCGACAAUCAAUCAGCCGAGUUCAGCUGAAGACCAUCCUGGCAGAACGCAGUCAGAUAGCUGCAUUCUUUGCAGUGAUGAAGAAGAUGGCAGAGCAGACGGGAGCAGCAGCCUGUCUGAUCAAAGCGAAGCAGGUGGACCUCAGGGACAACACCUUCACUCCGCCUUGUGCAACAAAGACUUGGGAUCUGAUCAAGUUGUUUACGGCAAGUCUUCCUCAGGAACCAUUAGCUGUCCUAUUUGCAUGGACGGUUACACAGAGAUUGUGCAAAGUGGGAGGCUGAUUGUCUCCACGAAAUGUGGUCACGUCUUCUGCAGCCAGUGCAUCCGGGACUCUCUCAAAAACUCACACAUGUGUCCGACCUGCAGAAAGAAACUCAACACACGCCAGUACCACCCCAUCUACAUCUGACCGCCGGUGGGGAGGGAUGGGGGUGUUUUCCUGGUGAAAUGGAUCCACCCACCUGCGCGUUGGCCCCUCCCUCGGAAUCCCGCGACGUUCUACAGCUUCUGCAGCGGGCAGGCAGGGGGCGCUCUGCGUCGGAGACCGAAGCUCGCCGUGCCGGCCGCCCGUCCCUGCCCAUCGCACCCCAUCGACUUGGUUGUGAUUUUUGUUUCUGAAUGGGGUUUGGGUGGGAGGGGACGGGCAACGGCGGCAGAUGAGAAAUAAAGCAAAGCUCCAGCGUGCUCCAGUUGCCAAGUGAACUCCAGCGUGUGUUUUGUACAUGGUUUUACUUUUGUUUUUUUCUACGCUUUCCAUCUCUCGCUGCCACCCCUCCACCUGGAAUCAGAGAAUGGCCGCGUGCAGUCGAUGGAACCCGCCGCGGUUUCCCAUAGCAACGUCUUCAAUCUGCUGCUCUGCCUGGUCCGCCGACGGAGAGCGCUGUUUAAUGUGAAGAUUGGCACAAAAUACUGGAGUUACUCAGUGGGUCGGGCAGCAUCUCUGGAGAAAAGGAAUAGGUGACGUUUUGAGACGAGACCCUUCAGACUGGGAGUUGGGGGAGAGGCAUGAGAACAUACAGUACAAAUCAGAGGUUGGCUGUGGAGGUGGUGGCAACGAGGGGAUAUGAACAGUGAAUCGAGCAGGAUGACGAGGGUGGGGGAGGGACAGUGAGAAGGAAUGCAAGGGUUACUUGAAAUUAAUCGUGAAUGUUUCAGGUCUGGACCCUUCUUCAGACCCUACCGCCUCAAAACGUCACCUAUUCCUUCUCUCCAGAGAUGCUGCGUGACCCGCUGAGACCCAAGCAUAUCGUGCAUAUCUUUGGUAUAAACAAGCAUCUGCAGUUUCUUCCUACACCGUUGAAUCUGACCUCAGUACUGCUCCACACCCAACACUGGACGGUAACACAAGAGACUACAGAUGCUGCAACCUGGAGCAAGGCAAAAACAUCAACUGCUUGAGGAACAGUGAGCCAGGCAGCGUCUGCAGAGGCAGAGCGAUGGCAGACACUUUGGCUGGAAGUCCAGAUCUCCAAACACCAACCAUGCCUCUGCCUCAUUAUUGAAACAUAAACUCCCGAUAGAAUUGAAUCAUAGCCUGCUUUUGUAUUCUAUUCCUUGAGCAAUAAAUGAGAACACCUCUCUUAUCUGCCUGCAGAAACAAGUAACCACAGAUGCUGGUUUACUACAAAAAAAAAGACAAAGUGCUGAAGUGACUCAGCGGGUAAGGCAGCAUCUCGGAAUAUGGAUAGGUGAUGUUGCGGUCAGGACCCUGCUUCAGGCUCAAAGAAGGCUCGAAAUGUCCGCCUAUCCAUGUUCACCAGAGAUGGUACCUGACCUACUGAGUUACUCCAUCACUGUGUCUGUUAUUUGCCUGAUUACCUUCUGUAUCGACUGUGCCAUCGACAAUGAUGUGCUCAGGAUACUGAAAUCACUAUCUCCAAAAAAACUCUAAUCUCCCUCCAUUUGGAUAAUAUGCAUUCUUUCUUCCCUCCCUCACCAUUCCCACCGCAGAUGCUGCCUGACCCAGUGAGUUGCUCCAGCACUUUGUGCUUUGCUGCUCCAAUUGGUACCUUACUUCCAAAUGAAGCUGUGACUGUCAAAUCCUAUACCGCUGGAGCAUUUGUGAUGGCGGGGGGGGGGGAGAAAGACAAUUGCAGGUUACCCAAGGACCACAAGCUUUUGGUUAGACCCCUCGAACUCAGGAAAUCUUUCAAAGCCUUACGAUUGUUGAUGGCUGGGUUUCAAGCGGUGUUUGAAGAGGGCUAGGAUUACUCUAUGCAUGGUUUCACAAUUCCAUUUUGCUUUUGAAACAUACUGUCUUUCUUUCCUCACUCUCCCUCUCUAUCCCCUCCCCCUCUCUCUCCCUCCCUCUCUCUCCCCUCCCUCUCUCUCCCUCUAUUUCCCCUCUCUCCCUCUUUCUCCUAUCCUGCCCCCAACACUCCCUCUCCCUCUCUCUCUCUCUCUCUCCCCCUCCUCAAAUCAAUCUCUAACUGAGGUCCUGAACAGAUGUAUCUUCAACCAAAGAUUCUGACUAUGGGCUUGGCUUCAGCAUCCAAGUUGGUCUGAGUAAAGACUGGCGUCUGGGAGAUUCAGCCCACCAUGAAACCAAAUUAACUUCAACCUGUUGAAAAUUCACAUCUCUUUGGAAAAUAAAAUAAAAGAUUAAGUUAGUUUAAAAAAAAAAUGUUACUGGAAGUAUUUUGAGUAAUUGGAGAAGUUUAUUUUAAUUGUCUGAACUAUUUGUGCUGUGGUGUUUUAUGGAUGUUGAAUAUUAAACAACCAUUAUGUCCUCUUGUCAAUUAUAAGUUAUGCCAAUUAGAAUGUUUUUUUUGCCACAAGGUGAAGGAUCUGAGGGCCAAAAUAAUUAAUAAAAGUAUCAGUCCCUCA